GGUAUAGCCCAGGAGAGCGUCUGACUGCACUGCACUGCACAGCCUCUGUUGCUCAUUCAGUUAACGGCGACUCCUUGAGUUCGUGUUUGGUUUUGGUUUUAGUGAGGACGGAGAGACGAGCGUUUGCGCUUUCAUUUUGACGUCUGACCAUCCAGUCCAGUCCAGUCCGCAGCUACAGCUAGCCGGAGACAUGGAGGGAGUCAGCAGCAACAGGAGCAUGUCUUACAGUAGGUGGAGUUAUGACAGCACUUUAGACGAUGAGGGCACCAACCUCCGACAGCAGAAACUGGACAGACAGCGAGCGCUCCUUGAACAGAAGCAGAAGAAGAAGAGGCAGGAGCCUCUGAUGGUCCAGUCUAAUGUGGACGGGAGAUCUCGCACUCGUCGGACCAAACAGAGCGAGGAACAGGCUCCGCUGGUAGAAUCCUACCUCAGCAGCAACAGCAGCACCAUCUACCAUGUGCAAGAAGCUGAACAGGAGGAGGUGAAGGUGAUAGCGGACACACAGCCACCUCGCUCAGCCAAAAAGGGCAAAGCAUCGGCCAGCUCCACUCCCCAGACGGGCAGCAACAAGAAGGAGAGGAAGGGGAAGCACAAAGCGAUCGAUGGCCUGGCUUCCCUGCAGGAUGAUGGUCAGAUCCAGAUCCUGACGGUGGGUCACCCCAGCACAGAGGAGGGCGAAGCAGAGCCCGUCAUGAGCUGCACUCAGUCACAGAGUAAACAGGACCUGCGCGUCACCAUGCUCAAGAAAGGUAUAUCCAGCAGUAUGAAUUUUGAUGAAGAAGAGGACGACGAAGAUGAAAUUAGCUCCAGUUCCUCACAGCUCAACAGCAACACGAGACCAGGCUCCGCCACUAGCAAGAAGUCAUGCAAGGAGGUGGCCUCAGCACCCACUCCACCAGUCAAUGAACCUGCCAUCGAUGUAGAUGAUCUUGAAGAGUUUUCUCUGAGACCUGCACCCCAGGGGGUCAGAGUAAAGUGCAGAAUUACCAGAGACAAGAAAGGCAUGGACAGAGGAAUGUAUCCCACCUACUACCUUCACCUGGAGAGAGAGGACGGCAAGAAGGUGUUCCUGUUAGCUGGCAGGAAGAGGAAAAAGAGUAAAACAUCAAAUUACCUCAUCUCCAUCGAUCCCACUGAUCUGUCUCGAGGUGGAGAGAGCUUCAUUGGUAAACUGAGGUCUAACCUCAUGGGAACUAAGUUCACUGUGUACGACAGCGGCCUGAACCCCAUGAAGAGCACCACCAGCCUUGAAGCUAGCAACCUGCGUCAAGAGAUAGCAGCCAUUUGCUAUGAAACCAAUGUUUUAGGAUUCAAAGGACCUCGCAAAAUGAGUGUCAUCAUUCCUGGAAUGAACAUGGACCACGAGAGAGUGUCUAUUCGCCCACGAAAUGACCACGAGUCACUGCUGGCGAGGUGGCAGAACAAGAGCACAGAGAGCGUGAUAGAACUUCACAACAAGACACCUGUGUGGAACGAUGACACACAAUCCUAUGUGCUCAACUUUCACGGCCGAGUCACUCAGGCCUCCGUCAAAAAUUUCCAAAUUAUUCACGACAAUGACCCUGACUACAUUGUGAUGCAGUUUGGCCGUGUGGCAGAGGAUGUCUUCACCAUGGACUAUAACUACCCAAUGUGUGCCCUGCAAGCCUUUGCCAUUGCCCUCUCCAGCUUUGACAGCAAGUUAGCCUGUGAAUAGAUCCCAGCCUAAAGUUCAGUGGCGAAGUUGUCCAUCUGUCCUCUCAACAAGGGCUGUUAAUGUAUCCUUGGGGCUGGUUUGAGAUCUCCGAAUCACCCAGCACCUUGGAAGUCCUGCAUAUCCCAAAAUGCUUUAGGGGCCUCAAGAUUUGUGUGUGCGGCUGUGGGGGGGAGGGGGGUUGGGAGGUUGAAUGAUUUUGGUCUGUGGAAGAAAACAAGCACAAAGAGUAAUCCACUUUCAAAAUCCAAUUCCUUUGUUUUGAUAACUAUAGUCAUUUUGUACUGUACUGGCAUUAUAAAAAAAAAAAACACUGUUUCUUUAUGUAGUAGUUAGAGAAAUUUUACAUUUCUUUAUCUGUAAAUGAUUACUAACAAUUUCACAUCUGUAAGUUUUAAAAGUUGACUGGCUUUUAUGUAAUCUGCCACACAAAAUGUCACUCUCUUCCUCAAGCAUGAAUACUGCUUAUAUAGUUACUGAAUUAACAAUAACAUGCACGUUACAAUAUAUUUAUUUUGUUAU